UCGCACGCUAACCGCCUCUGCACUUUCCUGGGGGUCACAGAACCGCGACAGAAACGCGCUGGACUUGUUUGUGUCGCUUACGCUUAACGGUUGUCGCCUUGCCGUCGUCAAUUUAAACGGUCUUCGCCUCUUUCGAUUGGGUGUCUCAUUAAUUUCCGCUGCGGCGAGCCAGUUGUGCGGCGAAUGCAUUAAGUGAAUUCGACUUUAAAGGCGAAAUACAAACAAUUUCAAUUGCAAUACAUUAAAAGCAACUAACGGGCGGCUGCUGCCAAUAUGGAGGAGCGUGCAAUGAGGCAUCUUUAGAGGCGGGGGCGGGAGACGCAGACGGAGAAAGCGAGAGAGAGAGAGGCUGCGUUGCAUGCGCCGGAAGCAUGAGCAGAAAGCAGAGAGUGCAAGAAGCAGCAGCAGCAGCAGCAGCAGCAACGAGCAGCAGCAGCGGCAGCAUCAGCUACGUUUGAUUUAACCCAAAAAUGAGCGCAUGCGAGGGCGCUGCCAAAAAGGAUUUAAAGGAGUCCCCGGCUCAAGCAACUGCAACGAUAACCACAACGACAACCGCAACGACAACAAAGACAGACGAUGACUCAGCCCCGACCAGCAGCGAACAAAAUGGUCAUCUGGAGCAGGAACGGGAAAGGGAAAGGGACAGAGACAGGGACAGGGACAGGGAACGGGAGCAACAGCAGCAGCAGCAAGAAUUGGAGUUGCAACAAACAUCGAAUGGCAGCCAAAUGGAUGAAACGGAAUUGGGUGCGGCAACUGGUGCGGCGCCCUCCUUAGAUGCAUUAGCCAAUUGCCAGGAUGCGCUGUUGGCCCAAAAGCUAUUUGCCGGCACCGGCAGCGGACCCAAGGAGCUGCUCAAACUCAAGGAACCGAUGCGUGUCGGUUUCUAUGACAUCGAACGGACCAUUGGCAAAGGCAAUUUUGCCGUUGUGAAGCUGGCGCGGCAUCGCAUCACCAAAAAUGAGGUGGCCAUCAAAAUCAUUGAUAAAUCGCAGCUGGAUCAUACCAAUCUGCAGAAGGUCUAUCGCGAAGUGGAGAUCAUGAAGAAGCUCAAGCAUCCGCACAUCAUCAAGCUAUAUCAGGUGAUGGAAACGAAGAACAUGAUUUACAUUGUCUCCGAGUAUGCCAGUCAGGGCGAAAUCUUUGAUUAUAUAGCCAAGUAUGGACGUAUGUCGGAGUCGGCGGCUCGCUUCAAGUUUUGGCAAAUCAUCUCGGCGGUGGAAUAUUGCCACAAGAAGGGCAUCGUGCAUCGUGAUCUGAAGGCGGAGAAUCUACUGCUCGAUAUUGGCAUGAACAUUAAAAUAGCCGAUUUUGGUUUCUCCAAUCAUUUCAAGCCCGGCGAACUGCUUGCCACUUGGUGUGGUUCACCACCCUAUGCCGCACCCGAGGUCUUCGAGGGCAAACAGUAUACGGGGCCAGAGAUUGAUAUCUGGUCAUUGGGCGUUGUGCUUUAUGUGCUGGUCUGCGGUGCUCUGCCCUUCGAUGGCUCAACGCUGCAGAGUUUGAGGGAUCGGGUGCUGUCGGGUCGUUUUCGUAUACCGUUCUUUAUGAGCUCGGAAUGUGAGCAUUUGAUACGGCGCAUGCUGGUGCUGGAGCCGACACGUCGCUAUACCAUCGAGCAGAUUAAGCGGCAUCGCUGGAUGUGCCCCGAGCUGUUGGAGCAUGUGCUCAUCGCCAAAUACAAUCUGAAUAUGGAACGGCAGGCGGUGCUGGAGCCGAGCGAGGAUAUAUUGCGUAUAAUGUCCGAAUAUGUGGGCAUUGGGCCCGAUAAGACGCGGGCGAGCCUCAAAAAGAAUACGUACGAUCAUGUGGCAGCCAUCUAUUUGCUGCUCCAGGAUCGGGUGUCGCACAAAAAGGAGCAGGCGAAACCGGCGGAGAAUUGCUCAAGUGCCGCCAGCGGCAGUCGCUUAAUUUACAAGAGCAGCAAGCAGCCGUUGAUGCUACUCGAACAGUUGCCCACCACCGCCACCCAGCAGCAGCAGCAGCAGUUGCUCCAGCUCCAUCAGCACCAACAACAGCAACAGCAACAACAACAACAGCAACUUCAACAGCAACAGCAAUCAAAGACAAUAUCCACCACGAUCCUGGCCAAGGAUCCGACCCACAAAAGACUUAGCCGCCAUCAGACGGUGCUGAUGAGCGAACGCCUCCAAACUGCCGAUCCCUACUAUGCCGUCAAGCAGCAGGCACAUCACGGCCAUGCCCAUGCCAACGCCCACGCCCAUGUGCAUGGACAUGGACAUGCCCGUUAUCUGAACGGGCAUGAGGAACAGCAGCUGUUGCCAACUCGAUAUACACCACUGCCGGCGGGUAGCAGCAGCACAACAAGGAUUGGCCAUCAUCAUGGUCGAUCCGUUGCCAUCUCCCUGAGCAUCGAUAGCAGCACCAGCAGCGUCUCCGCUCAACAACAUCAUCAUCAGCAGCAGCAGCAGCAGCAGCAGCAGUUGCAGUUGCAGCAACAUCAUCAGCAAGCUGGCAAUCUGCCCUCGCUGGCCAAUCUGAGAUGUCGCGAGCUGCUGUUGAAUGCCAGCCAGCAGCUGGAGCUGGCACACCAUCAUCAUCAUCAUCAUCAUCAUCAUCUGGGCCAUCAUCAGCUGCAGCAGCAGCAGCAACAUCUGCCGUCGCCGGCGCCCAAGCAGCUCCAUCAGACCAUCAGCGAGUAUAUCAUCAAGCAGAGCACCGAGGAUUGUCGCCAGCUGCUGCAGCAGUCUAUUGCCAUAUCUGAGACGACGAAGAAGGAGCAGGAGCUGGACAGGGAGGAUCAACAACAGCAGCAGCUGCUGCCGGCUGUGGAAACGGAUGCGGACGUUCAACAUUCAAGUGUAACAGCGGCUGCCAAUCCCACGGCCCACGACCACAACAAGACAAUAAUAAUGAAGCCCAUGUCGAGCUCGAACAGUUUCGAUUCCACCGCCAAUCUCAAUCAAAGCUUUCGCUACAAGAUGUCCGUCGAGGCCAGCAGGCUCUUCCAGACGCUCCAAGAGAGUCCACUGCCAGUUGAGGAAGCGAAGCUGAAGGACGCAACAACAACAGCAGCAGCAAAAGCAACAGCAACGACAAAUGGCAAUAAUAAUAGUAAUAAUACUAAUAAUAAUAGUAGCAGUAAUGGGAUCACGUCCACGCCCACGCCCACAACACAGGAGGAGGAAGACUCUGCCGCGACGACAAAGUGCAAGCCAAAUGGAGACGGACGUGACAAGAAGAAGAAGACGUUUGAGAAGAAGGUGCUCGCACAGGGUAGCUCCAGCACCGACGAGGGCUGCGAAACGGAUCAGGGCUGCCACAACGAUCCCACAACCGUCGGCAAUAACAAUAAUAACAACAAUAACAAGGAGGGCUCACAAUCAUCCACCGAUUUGACGAGCACCCAACACCAAGCGACAAGGACACGCUCGUAUGCCAGCAGCAGCAGCUCCAGCGGCGUCCUCGCCGGCAGCUACUCGAAGAGUCUAUCACAGAAUUUGAGUCGCGGCAGCUCGAAGAGCAAUUGCAGCGCCUACGAGAGCUUGGACUUUGUGCUGCAGCCAGCAACACAACCGGAUAUGGGACACGGACAUGGUAGUCUGCCCUCCUGCAUGAGCAACUCGAUGCUGGCAACGAUGGUUGGUGCUGCUGGCACAGCUUCGGCAUCAUCAUCAUCAUCAGCUGCUGCUGCUGCUGCAUCGUCUGUUGCAUCAACCGUUGCCAUUGGCAGCGAACAUUCGGAUUCGGAGCACUCGUUGUAUAGCAGCCACAAUUCAUGCAUCCAUAUGCCGACGGCAUUGAGUCUGGCGAUGCCGUCACAGAUGCCAUCGUUGAUUGUCCAUCCAUUGGCAACGGCAUUGGCAGCGCCAGCGCCGGUGCCGCCGCCCUUCGCCGACAAGCGUUCGCCCAUCCAUUUUCGGGAGGGGCGACGCGCCAGCGAUGGCCUGGUCGCCCAGGGAUUGCUCAGCUCCACCACGCUGCUGGGUGCGAGUCGUGUCUAUGGUAGCUAUCGCUAUGAGCACGCCAAGCGGCACGGCGGCUGGCUGGAGAUCCAGCAGUUGCAGCAAGAAGCCGCCGCAAUCUAUGCGCCGCAACAACAACAACAACAUCAUCAUCAUCAUGCUGCAGCAGCAGCACAUGCUCAUCAUGCCCAUACGCUUGCUCAUCAUCAUCAACAACAUCAUCAGCAUCAACUGGCGCUCGAGGAGCUAACACUGGCGGCCAAUUGUCAAUUUCCACAGGGUCAAUUCUAUGCGUUGCAUCAUAAUCCUCAGCAACAGCAACAGCAGCAGCAGCAACACCAUCAUCAUCAUCACAAUCCGCAUCAGCAUUUGUCGUUUGCGCCGCCGCAGCAGCAGCAGCCACUACUCCUGGAUGCCGCCGUGAGCAGUGAACUGUAUGGUGGAAAUGCGCUCUAUGCGCCACCGCCACCCGGCGGCGUCAUCUAUUCCCUAUCACAUCAGCAGCAACAGCAGCAACAGCAGCAACAGCAGCAGCAACAGCAGCAGCAGCAACAACAGCAACAUUUGUCGCCCAUGCAGAAGCCACCGUUGCAACAGCAGCUGUUGCAGCAUCGUCUGCUGCAGCAGAAGCGUCAGCUGUUCCAGAAACAAUACGCACUGGAGGCACAGCUGGCUGGUCGCCAUUCGCAUCAUGCACAUGCACACCACACACUGGCCCAUCAUCAUCCGCAUGCACAUCACCAGCAGGAGCCGCAUCUGGCCGACGAGUUGUACGAGCUGGCCAUGCUGGAGCGACCACGAAGUGGGCCGCCGCGUCUCCAGCACUCGCUGACAAUGCCCGGCGCACAUGCCUACAGUCAGAUGAAUUUAAAGACAUCCUACAUCAGUCAACAGUCCACGAAUAGCGAACCGCUUACUUCGACAGCAGCAACAGCAGGAGCAGCAGCAGCAGCAGCAGCCGCAGCAGCAGUGGGUGCAGCAGCAGCAGCAGCAGUGGUUGGAGCAGCAGCAGGAGCACCAGUGGGAGCUGGCGCUGGAUCAGCAUCAGCGGCAAUGCCGUCCACAACGUCAGCGACGCCGCCAGCGACACCACCACAAGCGGCACUCCUCAACAGCCAUCCAGUGCAUGGACAUAGUCAUCCACAUUCACAUUCGCAUCCACAUCCACAUUCACAUCCACAUCCACAUUCGCAUCCACAUUUGCAUUCGCAUUCGCAUUCCCUGGCGGAGGCCGAGUAUCAUCAUUUGCGUGGCCAGGCGACAGCGGCGCCAGUGUUGAGCCUGUUCACGCCCAGCUGGCAGACGCUGGUGAAGCCCCUCAGCGAGAGUCCCAUUCUCGAGAUAUCCGAGCAUCUGGAGUCCGUCUGAAACUAGCCAACAACAGCUAAAAUCCAACUCGACAACA